AUGGUCAUGGACAAUUCCAAGAAACUUGGAACUAUUGUUUUCUUAGAGUUGUUUUGUCUCGGUUGUCUUGUUAUUAGUAUUUUCAAAGCAAUCUCGGAUGUUGCUUGUAUUGAAAGUGAGAGACAGGCUCUUCUGAGGUUCAAACAAAACCUGACAGAUCCUUCGGACCAGCUUGCCUCUUGGAGCAAUGGGGGCAACUGUUGUGACUGGACUGGUCUUGUAUGUGACAACUUAACCGGUCAUGUCAUCGAGCUUCAUCUUGGAAAUCUUCAUAAUCCAACCGAAGAUACCGGCUUUCCAGGCGAGCCUUUUGAGCGGUCUAGAUUGAGUGGCAAGGUAGUUUCUUCUUUGCUUGAUUUGAAGCAUUUGCGGUACCUGGACCUGAGUGGGAACAAUUUUGGAGGACAAAUUCCUGGAUUCCUUGGUUCUUUGCACAAUCUUAGAUAUCUCAACCUCUCUAAUGCUGGAUUUGAGGGUUCGGUUCCCCCUCAACUCGGAAACCUUACACAUCUGCAGUACCUUGAUCUCCAUGAUACUUUAUCUACAUAUCUGUAUGCAGAGAAUCUUCAAUGGCUUACCUAUCUUACAAAGCUGAAAUCCCUUGAUUUGAGUGGUGUAACUCUCAGCAAAGCCUCCCAUUGGUGCAAAGCCUCCCAUUGGUUAGAGGUGACAAAUGCUCUCCCCUCUUUGAUUGCUUUAAGUCUAUCCAACUAUGAUCUUGAUCCUGUCCCUCCACUGAAAAAUGUUAAUUUCUCAUCCCUGGGAGCUCUGGACCUUUCCUAUAAUACAUUUAGUAACUCCAUUUCUAGCUGGAUUUUUACCCUUACUUCCCUGGUGUCACUUGAUCUAAGCCAUAACAGUUUCCAGGGUCAGUUCCCUGAUGGUCUAAGAAACGUGACCUCUCUUACAUAUCUCAGCUUAUCAAGCAACGGAUUCAAUUCAUCGAUACCCAAUUGGUUGUACAGUUUGAACCAUCUUCAGCACCUCAAUCUUGGGUCCAAUAACUUUCAAGGCACAAUCUCAGAGGGUGUUGGAAACUUGACAUCUGCCAUAAGCCUCGUCUUUGCAUACAACAAACUUGAAGUAGCAGCAUUAAGAUCAUUGGGAAAGCUUUGCAGCUUGAGAAUCCUUGUUCUGUCUGGUCUCAAAUUGAGUCAAGACAUAUCAGAUGUCUUAAAAUCUCUGUCAGGAUGCCUGUCUGAUAGACUUGAGUCCUUGAUUCUGGUUAACUGCCAACUUUCAGGUCAUAUGAGCAAUCAACUUGGACAAUUCAAAAAUCUAGUCGACCUUUACAUUACCAACAAUUCGAUUUUGGGUCCAAUUCCAGACUCAUUAAGAACACUUACAUCCUUGAGAGAAGUGGACCUAUCUGAAAAUAGAUUAAACGGGUCUUUUCCUGAAUGGUUUGGACAGCUUAGGAAACUGGAAGUAUUAUGGAUUGGUAAAAACAUGUUAGAGGGUGUGGUGUCCGAGGCUCAUUUCUCUAAUGUCACGACACUGAGGUUACUUCAGGCUUCGGGGAAUCGACUGAGUUUGAAAGUGAGUCCUGAUUGGGUACCCCCAUUCCAACUCAGUGUUAUAGCUUUGUCAUCAUGGAACUUAGGCCCAAGAUUUCCCAAUUGGCUACGUUACCAGAAGGAUUUUCUGUUUCUGGAUAUAUCUGUUGCAGGGAUAAUUGAUACAACUCCUGACUGGUUUUGGAACUUGUCUUCCCAGUUCUUUUAUAUGAACCUCUCUCACAAUCAAAUCCAAGGGAGAGUUGCUGGGAUUCUCAACACAAAUCCUCCACUUGGUUAUGCAUCAUCCAUUGAUUUGAGCUCUAAUUUCUUCCAGGGUCCAUUACCUUGUUUGCCAUCUAAUGUUGGUACAUUAGAUCUUUCAAACAAUUCAUUUUCAGGGUCCAUUUCACCCUUGUUGUGUUGCAAGAUGAAGGAACCAAAGAGCUUGGGAACUCUUCGUUUGGCCUAUAACCAUCUAUCUGGACCAAUUCCUGACUGUUGGAUGAGUUGGCCAAACAUAUUUUCCAUGGAUUUAAAGAACAAUAAUCUAAGCGGUAGCCUUCCUAGCUCCAUGGGUUCUUUAAGCUUUCUUCAGUCUUUACACCUACGCAAGAACAACCUUUCCGGAGUUUUGCCACCGUCGCUGCAGAAUUGUUCAUCAUUGUUGGCUCUCGACCUAGGUGAGAACAAAUUUGAAGGGAACAUACCAAACUGGAUUGGUGAAAGGCUGUCGAGAAUCAUGAUUCUUGGUCUUCGUUCGAAUGAUUUCCAAGGUGAUAUUCCUCAUGAACUCUGUGCUCUUGGUUCUCUUACAAUUUUAGACCUGGCACACAACAAUUUGUCAGGAAAUAUACCAGAAUGUUUCAAUAAUUUUAGUUCAAUGGCCAGUGUAAGAAACUCAAGUGACCCAAUUUCUUAUUCUUUUGGUCAUUUCAAGAACUCAAUAGAGACAACGUUAGUGGUGAUCAAGGGAAUAUUGCUUGAAUACAGUACCACCCUUCAACUUGUGACAAGCUUGGACCUUUCAGACAAUAAUUUAUCUGGUCAAAUCCCUGUCGGGAUUACAGAUCUUCUCGGGUUAAGGUCGCUCAACCUGUCGAUAAAUCGUUUGUUGGGAAAGAUUCCUGAGACCAUAGGCAAUAUGGGGACAUUAGAAUCUCUCGACUUUUCUUUCAACCAACUCUCUGGUGCAAUCCCUCCAAGUAUUUCAAAGUUGACGUUCUUGAGUUACUUGAACCUGGCUUACAACAAUUUAACGGGGAAAAUUCCAUCAAGCACUCAACUCCAAAGUUUUGCUGCAUCAAAUUUCGCUGGUAACACCCUUUGUGGACCUCCACUCACAGAUAACUGCAGCAUAAAUGCUGUGGAACCUGAUGCUGGUGGAGGAAAUAGUGAGGGAUCAGAGGAUGGACUUGAAGUGGAUUGGUUUUGGUUUUAUGUGAGUAUGGCGCUGGGAUUUGUUGUUGCUUUUUGGAGCUUUGCAGGGCCUUUGCUGUUUAAGAAAUCAUGGAGAUCAGCCUAUUUCCAAAUGCUAGAUAGCAUGGGGAAGAAAGCUCGGCGGUGUUUUUGUUAG